AUGAGAUACGACGGCCAAGAACUGCUCCAAUCUGACGACUUCAGCAGGCCGGCGAAGGGAAUGGCCUAUCACCCAUUCCUGCAGCUCCCGCGACCGACUGACUUCAGCGUGUCCUCGCUGUUGACCGCGGGCUCGCCGCCGUCGCAGGGACCGCAGCAGAACUCGCCGGCCGCGGCCGCGGCGGCCGCCGCCGCGAUCAACAUGGCCGCCACCGCGGCCAGUGGUGGCGGUGGGGGCGGACCGCACGGCCCGGCCGGCGGCCACCCGUCGUACUUUCCGGCCGCCGCCCUAGCGGCCCUCUCCGGCGGCCACGGGGGCGGUGGUGGCCCGCCGCCUUCGCACCUGUACCCGGGCGGCCUGCUGCCCAAGCUGCCGCCGCACCACCCGCACCCGCACCACCCGCUCGGGACGGCGUACACGACGGCGGAGGACGUGGUGCUGGCGGCGGUGGCCGCCCACCAGCACCAUCCCGCCAUGCGGCCCCUGCGUGCCCUGCAGCCCGAGGACGACGGUGUCGUCGACGACCCGAAGGUGACGCUCGAGGGCAAGGAGCUGUGGGAGAAGUUCCACAAGCUCGGCACCGAGAUGGUCAUCACCAAGAGUGGCAGGCAAAUGUUCCCGCAGAUGAAGUUCCGGGUGUCGGGUCUGGACGCGAAAGCCAAGUACAUCCUGCUGCUGGACAUUGUGGCGGCCGACGACUACCGGUACAAGUUUCACAAUAGCCGGUGGAUGGUGGCGGGCAAGGCGGACCCGGAAAUGCCCAAACGCAUGUACAUCCAUCCGGACUCGCCGUCGACGGGGGAACAGUGGAUGCAGAAGGUGGUCUCGUUUCACAAGCUGAAACUCACCAACAACAUUAGUGAUAAGCACGGAUUUGUUGGCGAUGCCUCCACCGUUUGGACAAUCCUGAAUUCGAUGCACAAGUACCAGCCUAGAUUUCAUUUAGUUCGAGCGAAUGAUAUUCUGAAACUACCGUACUCGACGUUUCGUACCUACGUGUUUAAGGAAACCGAAUUCAUAGCCGUAACUGCAUAUCAGAAUGAGAAAAUAACGCAAUUGAAAAUAGAUAAUAAUCCUUUCGCGAAAGGAUUCCGUGAUACUGGUGCCGGCAAGCGGGAGAAGAAUACGGGUUUCAGUUGCUCCGCUUUCAGGCAGUCGCUGAUGGGGCAGCGGAGCUCGGACGGUGACAAGCUGAGCCCGAGCUCCGUCAGCUCCUCGCGGGGCCCCGCGGGGCUGGACCACCGAACGAAUAGCAUAUCAACGAUGGACGACGACGACAAGCUGCUGGACGUGGUCGGCCCCCCGCAGAGCCCGCUGCUGUCGCUCAGCCAGCAGAUGCACCACCACGCCUCAGGAUGGUUCAACUUCGAGGAUGUCCAGCGGGCGGAGGAAGCGAUGCGGAGGCGGCUGCAGGCGGACGAGAACGAGCGGGGGGACGGGAGCGAUUCGAACUGCUCGGACAGCGUGUCCGGGAGCACCGGUGCCUUUCGGCCGACGUCGGGCAGCCCGAAGGAGUCGUCGAGCAGCGCCGGCACCUCGUACCCGUCGCCCAACAUCUCCGUCGGCCCGCCGAUCCACCCGCCGCCCCACCUGCUGCCCUACCUGUACCCGCACGGGCUGUACCCGCCGCCGCACCUCUCGCUGCUGCACAACCCGGCGGCGGCCGCCGCCAUGAACCCGGGGCUCCUCUUCAACGCGCAGCUGGCGCUGGCUGCCCAGCACCCGGCCUUCUUCGGCCACUACUCGGGCCACUCGCCCACCUCGCCCCUGCACGGCCUCAAGGGCCACCGCUUCUCGCCCUACAGCCUACCGUCGGGGCUCGGGUCCGCGUUCGACGCCGUCACGCCCGGCUCCAACUCGGCCGGCGCCCGCAGCCUCAGCAGCAGCCCCCAGCAGCACCCGCCCCGGGCCGCCUCCAACUCGCCGCCGACGCGCCCCAUCAGCGUUUCGCCCACCCCGACCCCGCAUCCGACGUCCCCGACGACGGCCGACGCCAACGCGGCCGCCAACAUGCCACCUGCCCCUCAGUUGCCGCCCGGUGUGCCACUCGGUGCGCCACCAGCCCCUGCAGCCCCUCCAGCCCCUCCGCCGCCACCCACCAGCAUCCCACCCUCGAACUCACCGUCCGAGCUGAAGAGCAUCGAGAAGAUGGUGAACGGGUUGGAGGUGAAGCACAGCGUCAACGGGAGCGUCGGAGCGUCCGAACUGGCAAGCGAACAACUGUCGUCCUAUGAUUAUUGUCAACACGAACACGGACCGCAGCAGGUGUGA